AUGACACCCCAGAUGAAGAAGGAAGCCGAAUCACUCGGUCUCAAGGCUCUGGAUUACGACGGCGCCGCCGAGUUCUGGGUUGACAGCCUGGAUGUGUGGAAAGCGCUGAUUGAGGAUCCCGAGGGCAUCAUGACGCUGAGACCGGAUGAGGAGAAGUUUUGCCAGCAUCCCUUGGAUAUCAUGUACGGUUACGAGGAGUUGAUCGUGGGGAAGUCUGUCGAGUAG